AUGGCCCGGAGUCCCCGGCAUCUAACUCCGACGGCAGCCCUUUUCCGGGCGGGGCCGCGGCUCCGGCACUGCAAGCAGAGGUGCCGCCCGCCACCCAAGACCCAAGAGCAACAGACUGACCGGGCCUCAGGAUCCCCCGUCGCCGGGCCGCGCGCACCGCCUCCUGCCUGCCGCUGCGACGAGGCGGAGCCCCCGGGCCUACAGUCCCGCGGGGAGGCGGGCCCAGCACUCGAGCCUGCCCUCCCUAGGACCUGCCUAACUUCUCUCCAGCUGCGUCGGCCUCGCAGUGCAGCGGCCCGCGGAGCCUCACACAGGCCGCAGCCGGUUCCUUUUAGCGGCCUGUCCACGCCCCGGAGACGCCCAGGGGAAGGAGAGGGCGCGGCUACAUGGGGAAUGGGAGCUGUGUUACUACCUCCACCCUGGCCCGCCAGCGUCUGGACGAAGAACCGCCGCCAGACCAGUUUGUAACCAAAAACAUGAGCUGGAUAAGGAGGAGAAGAGGAGCUCACCG